AUGGGUCCUGCUGCCCUCCCACAUCCGUGGGUCUCUACCUGGGAUGCAAUGGGCGACAUCUUCCCCUACAAGUCCAAGGCUGGGCGAGAUAAAUGCCCUACAGGGCCCAGGUCGCGACGAGCGCCUGUCAACGAUCUUCCUACCGAAAUCCUCCAAGCCAUCUUCCUCCUCGCCUACCCAGCAGUAUAUGUAGGCCAAGUUAACAUUCUUUCCGCCGACACCGAGGCUACUGAGUCUCCCUGGAAACUCGAGCUCGUUUGCUCGCGCUGGUGCCUCGUUUCCCAAUCAUAUCAUGCAUUGUGGUCCACCAUCGACGUCGAGGCGACUCGCGGAUCGAGCCGCUAUGGCACCAAGCCUAUCCUCAAGAUGCAGUUGGAGUUGUGCUUGGAGAGGUCUGGGACACGGCCAUUGACGAUCAGGGUGGGAGACAAGUCGAACGCAUACUCCAGGGCGAUCAGGACAAUCUUGGAGAUCGUCGGCCAACAUUCUGAACGGUGGCGAUCCAUUGAGCUCCAUUUCCCUCUCUCCAAUUUGGCGGUCGAGCAGGUCGAACAAAUCAAGGGGCGUCUGCCUCUUCUUCGCGCAGUUAAGGUGCAGGUUGGCCGGGAACACUCCAUGGAUGUCGCGGAUGGGCACUGUCGAGCCCUCUUCCUUCAGUCACCCACACUCACCCAAGUAUCCCUAUGCAACCUGCUGGACUUUCAUCAAGCAUUAGACCUCCCAUGGCAGCAGAUCCGUGAACUGACGUUGAAGCAUAUAGAAGGGAUCCAUCCGGCUCAGCUCUGGGGACGCCUCACGGAUAUUUCCGCGAACCUCACCAAACUCACGCUCUCGAACAUUUCCUUCGCACCGUACUCCCCUUUCCCUCCAACAGGGACGGCAGUGAAGCUCGACCAGCUCCGCGAGCUCUCCAUCGUCAACUGCGCCCAACACUGCGGUCGGAUCCUCGCAGAUCUCGUCUGUCCCUCGCUGACGAGCCUAACGAUCGAGGACCACCAGAUGCUGCUGACCGCCCAGCCGCAGACAUUUCAGACGUUUGUGACGCGCUCCGAGUGCCCCAUACGGCACUUGACCCUCAAGGGCGUCCAUCCCACCGCUUUCAACUACCUGGCAUCGAAGUUGGACACGGUCACCCAUCUUGAAAUUGUCGUGAACUCAAUGCAGGCUCUGGAGAUAUUAGAGAUGGUUGGAGGAGGUACACGAGGGAAGAUGCUGCCUGGACUCGAGUCCUUAUGUCUGGCUUUCCAGACACCUAUCACGAGUGGCGGAGGGCUGAACUAUCAGAUCCACGCUCUGAAGAAAGCACUUGGGGUCGUGUCUCCGAGACACCUCGAAGUGGGGUUCAUGGUGAAGCAGACGGAUGUGAAGGAGCUCUGGGACCAAGCAUACUUGGGAGGGCUGCAGACAUUUUGCAUGUCGAGGAAGAUGACAGCCGAGAUCUACCAGAUAUCUGCGGAGGAGGAGCGAAAGGCGCAGCUAAUGAGUGUGAAUGAUCUACGGGCACGUUUAUCCGGUGUGCAGAUAUGA